CCUCCCCUUGUAGAGUACAAGCCGCCCCAUUUAGAGUGUGAAAGACUCAUGAACGUGUAAGUUAUAAUAAUCAUUUUAUGUUGGUUAAUGUUGUUUUGGCAGGGUGGUCGAGCUAUGACACUGACCAGAGGCUCCUUCACGUACUCAACUGGAGAAGAGUACAGUGGUGAAUGGAAGGAAGGCAAGAGACAUGGUGUGGGGCAACUGAAGUUCUCUGAUGGUACUUGUUACAAGGGUCACUUUGAGAAUGGCCUGUUCCAUGGCUCCGGGGUGUUAAUGUUCCCUGAUGGAUCCAGGUAUGAAGGUGAAUUUGCCCAAGGAAAAUUCCAAGGUGUUGGAGUUUUUAGCAGAUCUGAUGGGAUGAAGUUUGAAGGAGAAUUCAAAAAUGGUCGUGUGGAAGGACAUGGCUUGCUGACAUUUCCGGAUGGUUCCCAUGGUAUUCCACGGAACGAGGGGGUCUUUUCUGACAACAAGCUGCUGAAGCGCGAGAAGAGCCAGGCGGUGGUGCAGAGGGCCAGGAGCUCAGCCUGCAUGGCACGCAGCCUCUCUGUAUGAUCAACACAAUGAUGAUCUGAUAAUCACCAUGCUGCUGCUCUCAGAUCAGCUUCCCAAACUCCACUCCUACUGCACAGGAAAACAUCGAGAGUGAAACUGAUUCAGGAGCUCUCUUUCACAUAGGCUUGCAGCAGACCCUCAGGAAUGGAUAACAGGGUUUCCUUUCCCUCUAUCUCUCUUUCUCAGUGCUGGUCUGCGUCUAAUGCCUCUAGCGUAAAAAAUAUAUAUAUAUUUAAAAUAAAAAUAAAAAAACUGGGCAAGGUUAUUAUUGCUGCAUCAAUGUGAACUACUUCGUCUUAGAUAUGGAAAAACCAAAGUCACCAUCCACAACAUGGGGCUACUGAGUGUUCUAUAUGCGGAGUCUCUGUGCAACAGUGAGUUUAUUUGCCUUUUGUGAGACCGUGAUUGUGUACCUUUCAUUAUUAUUUAUCUAUUUAUUUAACAUGUUUAUUUAAAUGUUAUUUCAAGCACUUUUUCCGUUUUGGUAAAAACAAUCUGAGUUAAAUUUAAAUUCUCUUAAAUGCAUAUCACAAUGUAAUGUCUGGAUUUGUAUAUACCUCAUGGAAAACAGCAUUGUAUAUCCAGUAUUGAUGUUCGAGAUAAUCAGAAGCCUAUACAUGUGGUGGACUUAUUUUGAGUACAAAGCCGAUAAUGUGCUUUUAAUUGAAAUCGGGCAGUCUGGACAAUGAGUAGUUCACGCAGGUGAUCCUACUGAAUGUGUGUAUUCUCACCAGUGUGUAUCAUUUAUCUUCAUGCACUUUGUCUAGUAUUUUCUUGAUACAUGUAAGGACAGAAAGGUGUAGUCAGGCUUUGCUGACUUUAAUUAGUGUAACUGCACUGUAAAAGCAUGUAUCUGAUUUGUUUUUAUUAAGAAUGGUGUGAGAGGGACUAGAAAGUUUGCCUCUUUAUCUUCACCGUAAUAGCAUUCAUCCAGUAAUUGUGGGUAUCUUCUAAGAACUAACAUAACCAUGGGUUUGGCUGUAGUCCAUAAAUCCAUCUGUCAGUGGUGUAUUCUUCUUAACAUGCAAUUCAUGUAAUAAUUAUGUUUUUAUCAUCCAGUUAAUGGCAGUCGAUUGGAAAGCUGGGAGGGGGAGGAACAAAAACAAAAGUGUGUGUGUGUGUGUACAAAAAAAUAAUUUAAGAUAUUAUAACCGAUACACAAUUACAACGAAUAUUUUUUAACUUUUUUUUUUAAUUUCUUUUUGUUUGUUGUGCUAACUGUAGUUACACUGUUUUACCAUGUGCAAUGUCCAGAAGAGGAGCUGUACUCAUUACUUAUUUCUAUACUGACACCAAAUGUGUAUUAACUUCAGUAUUUACUUGAAAAGUUUGGAAUCUGUUUUCCUGUUCAGGAAAAAAAAAAAAAAAAACCCAACAGGAAUAAUAAUAAUAAAAAAGAAAAAUUAUGAGGUGCUAAUCGAGUGUUUUAUUUGCUGAAUCACUCUGUGCAAAGAGAAAUAUCAAUUCCUGACUUUCAGCUCAUCCACAAAAUUACCUGCCUUUCAAUAAUGCGUGGAGAAAUCACAAUUUAAUGUAACACUGGAGGCAGGACAGGAUUUAUUUCACAAAACGGCGCUCUCUACUGGUCAUACUGGCAGUUAGCAUACAGAGUCAUGGAAAAUUUACAGUAGGCCUAAAUUUCUAAAAGACAUUACUCCUAUAAUUUGAUUAUUAUUUUUUUUAAAGUGUAUCAGCAAGACGAUAUUUAGAUUUUUUUUUUUUAAGAAUGUUUUAUUGAUCAUUCUUUUAUGGUGUGUUGUAUUUGUAAUGGAGAUAGUGACUGUGCAAGGGUCAAAGGAAUGACACUGGUAAUCACUCUUCUUUGCUUCAUGAUGAGAAUCUCAAUUAAUUUUCUUUAUUUUAUUUCUUUUUCUUGUUUUUUUUAUGUAGAUAUGUGUUAAGGCACAACAUGUAUUUUUACAGUGCAAAAGAAGAUUCAAACAAUCUUCCAAUUUAGACAUCAUUUAUCAUUCAGAAACACAUGCACAUAUUGACAAUAAGAUUAGCAAAAAGCAAAUAAAUGCUACUCUAGAAUCCUAAAGCUUGCUUAAAUGCUUGAACAAAUGGCGGUGGAAAUCAAUCUCUCACCACAGACAAAGUGCCAGAAACUUAGAGGUCACAUGUAAGCAGAGCCACAUACAGAAAUUUCCACUCUCCGGAAACCUCAACAGUGUGUGGGUGUGUAUGCGCGUAUUUGUAUGUAAUGUUUACAAAACCAUCCCACAUAUUGAUUUACACACUUAGUCUCUGGUUAAUGGGCACUCUUGGCAUAUGAUGUGAUGGAGCAACGGGUGUAUUUCGCUAAGUUUUAAUUACAACAUUACAAAGCAUGAUAUUGCUGAUCCAUGUGACUGGCAAGGGUACAGUAUAUCCAUAUCACUUGUGUAAAAGGGUAACCCCUGAUAUUAACCGGAAACUAUGCACUAAUGCCUCUUCACAAAGCCUACUGUUAAGUCAGGGACAAAACAGAAAUCCUAACACUGCUUCUCCUGUGUCCCUGGAACAUGACAUGUAUUUAUAAAAGAAGGCUGGCACAUUUGUGCUUUAAUGCAGUUAACAUUAAUGUGGGUAAACAUGACUUUGCAUGCAUAAGACACCAUUUCAAUCACAAUGUCAACAGAAGAUGAAUUGCACACGAGUUAAUAAUGCCAGUUACUGUUUUACAUGAGCAUGGCAAUGUUCUACUCAAUAAUGUGGUCUUGCUUAAAAUGCUUGAAACUGUAAUGUAUUGUAAAAUAUGUUGAUUAUUAACCAAAUUGAUUUUAAUGAAAACAAUCCUGAGAGAUUUUAUUCAAGCAAGUAC